AAAACGAUUGACGUCACGAGCUGGGUUCGACGAGCUGAUCCCAAACCAGUAGGAAAAAACAGAGCCUGUUUGCAAGACUUGGCGGUUUAUUUUAAUUCCUUUUUAAAUUAGAAAGCUAAACCCGGGUCUAAAAUGGACGAACAGUCGCGGGCUAUUUUACAGCGGACUUUACGGAGACUCCCCAGUAAAAAGACGCAGAGCACGCUGAGAGCCUGGGGUUGUUUAUCAGCUGAGCAGCUCGAGGAUCUGGACUAUACUCAACCAAAAUGGCUGCUUUUGGAGAAUGUAAUAUUUAAAUGUGAGGAAAGCAGGCUGCGUUUAAAAGACGUGACGAAGCUGGAGAUGGUCUAUUACAUGGAGAACCCUAAUCAAGGAACAUGGCACGCGUUUAAACUCACUGGAGCAGAAGAUGAAGCCCUUUCUGUGGACUUCACCCAGUUUAAGGAGAUGUUCGUUGCCCACUUAGAGGAAGUCGUCAAACACGUAUCCGUCAGGAUAAAGAAACCGGAAGACGGCGCGGUAUGGAUCCGAAUCGCGUGGGGCGAUAAUUUCACCAAACCCAACCACUUCAAGCCAACUUACGCUGUUCAUUAUCUCCAGACUCCAUACGUGUUUAUCCUUAAUCUCACCGCCAAGCACAAGCCUUAUCUAUAUCAGGUCACUUCAUUCUAUUUAUUUAUUUAUUUUGGUCACAUUUUCAUGAGCUUUUAUUAUUAUUAUUAUUAUUAUUAUUAUUUUUAUAUUUGUCUGUAUGAAUCUGAUUGUUUUUACCGGUCUCACUCUCAGGCUUUAGUUCUGUCCACCAGAUACGUGUCCAUAAACGAAGCUCACCUGACCGGUAGAAGCCUCGCCGCCAUGCGAGACCUGCUCAUGAAGCAGUAUCAACAGGUUUUCCCAAAUCAGGAAAGGACCUUAAAGGAAAGAAACGCGCUUCCUUCACAUCCCAAUAUCGAUAGAGAGCAUGCCGAGUUUGCUGAGGGAAAACAUCAGAUGGCCUGUGAGGCUUUCGGUGACGGGACGGUGCCCAAACUGGAAACAGCCGUGUACAAGCUUGAAACCAGGUACAGAGGCAGCAGCAACAACACACUCAGUGACCGAGAUGAGCUCUUCAGAGGCGUGGUCAAGUUCUCCAGCCCCAGCCUCCUGGAGUCUCUUCGGCACUGCGCGUCCACCGGCAUGUCCGAAGGCCCCGUCACUCCUCUCUUAUCCUCCAUCACACAGAAAGGAAGGAACCUGUUUGUGAUCGCUGAGAAAGUUCCGGGAUCCACGAGCCGGACACCUGCACGCAAGACUUAACACGGUUUAUACCCGAGUACUCUUCUUGCACGAGCGGUUCCAGUGUGUUUGUGUUCUUAUGGUGUUUCUUAUGUGUUUUAUUAUUAUUAUUAUUAUUAUUAUUAUUAUUAUUAUUUUUACAUUUUAAACCUCGUCUAAUCCAUUUUACAAGUUUAAAAAGUUUUAAAUAAAGUUUUUAACUUUUCCGUACCGAAA